UGAGCUAGAUAGCACUUAUAUUAGCAACCACUCGAAAUAGCUAACAGCUAGUUCUGUAUGUGCGUGAUGAAUCUGACAGGCUUAAAACGUGUCUUUUGUUCUACUAACUAAAGAGCUAUGGGAGACUUUUGAGGUUAGUUAGCAAACAUUAAGUUACGUGGCUAGCUACUGGUUAGCCUAGAGUAAUAGCGUCGGGUUUCAGUGGGUUUCAGUUAACGACCAGGUAACUGCUGCUGACAAGUUGUGCUGUUGAUGUCAUCUGCUGCUCUUCAUGUGCCCGGAUUUGCUCCCAUCAAUAUACGAGUCAGAGUGUCACACAAACAUACGUUGGCUUACUACAUUUGAAUCUCGUGAGAGCCGACAACGAUUUGAGGAUUGAGCAGUUUUCGUGUAGAUCAUCCACCAUCCAUCAUACCAUUGCAGCUGAAAUGUUUAAAGAUGAGUUCUAGGGUGUCAGGUGGUCUGGUGAAAGAUGAGGAGGAAGAGGAAGAAGAGGAAAAAGAAGGCGAGAGUAUGAACCCCACAGAGGUGAAAAUGAGUCAGAUAGUGAUGCCGUGUCACAGUAACCCUCGUCAGGAGCUGAGCGUGGGACAACUGCUCAAAUGGAUAGACUCCACUGCCUGCCUCUCUGCUGAGCGACAUGCUGGAAGUCCCUGUGUCACUGCUUCGAUGGAUGACAUCCACUUUGAACACACCAUCAGUGUGGGUCAAGUGGUGAACAUCAAAGCAAAGGUCAACAGAGCGUUUAACACCAGUAUGGAGGUGGGUAUACAGGUGAGCUGUGAGGACCUGUUCACUGACCGUCACUGGAGAGUUUGUCAUGCUUACGCCACUUUUGUAACCCAGCGCACAAACAAUGGAAAAAAGAUUACCUUGAAGCCCAUUGUACCUCAGACUCAGAAAGAGCAGGUUGAAUACAGCAUAGCAGCUGAGAGACGGAGGGUGAGGAUGGUACAUGAUGACAUCAUCAGAGAUCUGCUAUCCCAUGGCUCGAUCCAGCUAGUUAACUCAGCAGUAGGCAAUGCAGUGGCAGCAGAGAAGACCAAGGUGGAGAGUGUUGAACUGGUUCUACCCCCACAUGCUAACCAUCAGGUGAAUACAUUUGGAGGACAGAUCAUGGCCUGGAUGGUGAAUGUCGCUACGAUUGCUGCCAGUCGUCUGUGUCAGGCUCAUCCGACUCUUCGCACCAUUGACAUGUUCACCUUCAGAGGUCCUUCUCAAGUUGGGGACAAUCUGCUGCUGAGGUCUAUAGUCAACAACGCCUUUAAAAACAGCAUGGAGGUGGGGGUGCGAGCAGAGGCCUACCAGGAGGAGGGACCUAACCGACACAUAAACUCAGCCUUCAUGACAUUUGAGGUACUUGAUGACCAUGAAAAGCCAUGUAUGCUGCCAUGGAUACGACCUGAACCCUUAGAGGGGGAGAGGAGGUUUCAAGAAGCCAUAGCCAGGAAGAAGAUCAGAUUAGACAGGAAGUAUAUAAUUUCCCGUACCCAGAGUGAGGUCCCUCUGUCUGUGCCUUGGGACCCCACAAACCAGGUGUAUCUGAGCUAUAACAAUGUGUCUGCUCUGAAGAUCUUGGCUGCUAGAAACAACUGGCGCCUCAGUUCUGAGAAAGACAAGGUUUGUCUUUACACUCUGGAGGAGAAGUCCAUGCUGAGUUUCAGGGUGGAGUCGGAGGUGGAUGUUCCUGCUCACAGAGCCUUUGGUCUGUUGGCUGAGCUAAGCAGAAGACCGAGCUGGGACACACAUUAUCAGAAAUGUGAGCUGAUUCAAAGAGUGGAUGAUGAUGACUUCCUGUAUCGUGUGGUUACUCCAUCAGUUUAUCAUGGUGCUGUAGGUUACCCAACUUCCAUCAAUCAGGCAGAAGGAAUUCACCAGGACUUCAUCUUGUUGGCUUCCAAGAGGAAGCCGUGUAGCAGUGGAGAUCCGUACGUUAUUGCUCUGCGUUCAGUGACUCUGCCCACUCACCCUCCGACUGAAGAAUAUAACAGAGGGGAGGUUCUGUGUGCUGGAUUUACCAUCCUGGAGACCAAAAACAACAUGUCUCUGAUCAGAUACUAUAGCCAGGCGUCUCCAGAGGUCCUUCCCUACAUCUCCACUGAUAUCGCUGGCCUCUCAUUUUCUUUUUACCAGACGUUCUGCUCGUGUAGCCAGUACCUUACUCGGAACAGGGUGCAGUUUACCUCAGAGGAGCAAACGGAGCCAAAUUUGUCUGUGCAGCAAAUCACGAAUAACGCAGACCCCCCCCGUGAGAAUGGAGAUGCUCUGUCAGUGGGUCUCCCCAGCACACAGCUGUAGACAGUCAAUGGUACUUGUCAGACCAGUUUACUUUAAAAAUUUUACGGUGAGGUGAGUCUGCUGAAGCAUGAUAUGAUUAGUGAACAAAGGAGAAUAUUUGCUUUCUUAAAACUUUUAACAGACAUAGGAAAAGAUAAAUUAGAAAAGAUUACAAUUAAGUGAGUAAAGUAAAACUAUGCUGUAUGCGCGUAAUGCUUUUAAUAAGCACAACUGGUUGAAAGACUUCUUUAGUUAGGCGGGAUGAAGCCAAAACACCUUGAUCAACCCCUGUUGGCUUCCUGCAGUACAGGUCAUCAACACAACUUGAAAAAUGGUAGCAGGUGGCACGUUGACUGAACUGAGAGGUCAAAGUACACGUGAACCACAUUAUUCCCAAAGAUGCUUCUCUCAUUUUAGGUACUUCUCAUGACACUGAUGUGUGUUCAUGUUUCUGAUUAGUUCUGUUUUAAUGAUUUGAUGUUAUAAAGCUGGGUGACAGUAUGAUUGACAAAUUAAACUGACUUGCAAUGGAUCAGGUGGGUGUAUUGAUGGGUAUGUGGGAUGUUUUAACUUUAUUUUUUACUGUGGGAUGGUGUGGAGAUGUGUUGUCCAUCUUUAUAAACAGACAUUGAUUUGGACACAGAAUUUUCACAUGCAUCACAUAGGGUCAGAAACAUUUUUCAGUCUUUCUGUAAUAUAUGGCAGUCACUCAUGAACUCUAUCUGGCACCCUUAAACAUUGGAAUUACUUUGAGACACACUACAGUGGCAUUAAAUGGGGUGAAUUGCCUCCAUUUGCUGAUUGCAGUUGGCACAAGCUAGCUUCUAUCAUAGGAGUUUUAUUGGAAUUCAAACGAUUUAAAACAAAAGGUGUUUUCUCUUUGUUCUUCCAAUCUCCCUUUUAAUGUUAACUACAUAACAAUAUAUGAUCAUUUGAUUGUGUUGUGGUAUUUUAUCUUUGAGUAUAAAUAAUUAAUAAUAGUGACCAAACAUUUUUUGGGAGUUUGUUUUAUUACAUGUUGUUUUUUGCAAUCACAUUUUUGUGACACAUUUUAUUUCAUCAUUCAACAGUUAAAUUGGCUUAGAGCUUAGAACGGUUGUCCUCUAAUCAGAAAUUAGGGUGUUCAAUCCCAGUCUUCCCUAGUCUGCAUGCCUACAAGUGUCCUUGAGCAAGAUACUGAAUCCCAAUUUGCCCCAUACUAACAGAGAAAGUGCUGCACAUAGAUGCACCGUAUGAAUGUGUGUGUGAGUGGGUGACUGUAAAACUAUACUGUAAAGUGCUUUUAGUGGUCAUCCAGACUGGCAACAAUAUUAAAGUAACUGAAUCAAACUAUAGAGCUAAAUUAAGAAAAAAACAAACCUGUUUUACAAAUUCCCUACCUUUCAUUUGGAAACAGUGUGGUUUGCAAAUACAAACACCCAUUAACAAAGUAAUACAUUUAGUUUCACAAAAACAAUUUAAAAAAUACUCAUGUUCUUACAUAUUGAAUACACUAAUUGUUAGUCGCUUUGGAUAAAAGUGUCAACUAAAUGAUAAGUAAUGUAAUGUAGUGUACAAAAAUACCCAAAAAGAUAAAAUGCUGUCAUACUGAGGAUUUUCUCACAAACGUCCUUAGUAAUUCUCUCUCCAUGCCACAACAGUAGGUUGCGCUUUGAGCUAUUUACAGGCACUAGGAAGUCAGGAGUCAAGAGAUUGAACCCGAUUGAAUCCAACCGCCACUAUCAGACCGUAUCCGACAUUGUGGACGAGAGGAUGACGGAGAAGUGUCCUUGGGCAAGAUGCUGAACCCCAAAUUGCCUACCAUAGAACAACAAAGUGCUGUUAAUAGAUGCACUGUAUGAAUGUGUGUGUGAAUGAGUGAAUGUAAAACUGUACUGUAAAGAGCUUUGGGUGGUCAUCAAGACUAGAAAAGCGCUAUAUAAAUACAAAACCAUUUACCCUUACUAUGAAGUGUAAUUGUUUGUCAGGCACGUUUUAUAUUUGCAAAAACAAAAUCCAUUAGUUUGUCAAUGGGGUUUUGUAUUUGCAAACCACACUGUAAGUGAUUGGUAGGGAAUUUGUAAAACAUGUUUUGUUUGUUAAGUUUUGGGAUGAAUUUUUCUCAACAGUCGUAAGGUCACAUCCAUCCUUGGUUAAGACUGGUCAGAGAUCACAUACAGGUUUGUGUUUGCUUUCCCUGUAUGCUGGGCUAAAAGUUCUUUCAAGAUCACAAAAGCUUCAGCAUUGCUAUUUGUGUCCUUCUCCACUAUGAGGUCACAUCUGUUCAUCAUUCCCAUGACAGAGUGAAGCUCCUCCUUUCCGUUUGGCACUGAUUCUGUGUUCAGAUACAGCACCACCCUCUGAGACAAGUUUGCCAGUGUUGAUGGGAUCUGAGGAGGCCAGUUCUGCUGUUUAAGGACGAGGGAGAUGUAUGGGAACAUCCUCUCCACUGUGGACACAUACUCCUGAAAGACAUGCGACAAGGGAUUAAAGGGAAAAAAAACAACAAAAUGUAGGGGAAGCAUACAAUACAGUAUAUCAAUACUGUGUAUUGACCUGAACUUUUCUCAUUAAGAAGUUUUCAGUUUUCAUCAUCCACAUCUGAUAUAAUAGAUGUUGCUAUUUAAAUGACACUUUCAGUGUUUUUAAAAGUUUGAUUUCCAACCAUGUAGUUCAUAUUUUGCAGAUCAUUUUUAAUGCAUGUUAAUAUAUAUUUAUGUGCGUAUUUUUGUUGGGCAGUCCUUGGUCUCCAUCAAUUUCCCCACAGUACCACAGUACCAAACCAUUCACAGGAGGUAUUAGUACACCCCUUUCUGCAUUUAUACUGCCCCAGUGAUUAACUGUUUAAAUGUUUCUUGUUCCAAAGUGCAGUUUGGCCAAUAAUUAACAAUCGUCAAUAAGAGUAAAUGUGAAAAAACUAAGAAAUACAGGCAUACAUCCAUACAAAAUAAUUAAACACAAAUAGACACAAGCAUCAUUGUAAGAAAGAACGAAACUGGAAAUAGAAGUCAGAAAAAAACAGAGAACACCACAUCACAACACCAGCUAUAAACUAUAUCACAUUUUGUUUAGAAAGCGCGUGGUGGAAUAGACAACUUUUUGUAUCUGUUUCUGUCAUGAUUGUGAUGAGAUGACCCGUGUUUUCUGUAUGAUGCUAACCUGAUAAAGAUGGCAGAGAAUUCAAUCAAUAAAAUGUUAUUUGUAAAGCC